AUGGACAAUACCUUCCUUAUUUUGUACUGGUUAGAUUUGCAAAAACCUGUGUCCAGACAGUUGGGUCUUUCGCUUGUUGACCCUUUGCUUCACUUUUGUGUAAAAUUUUAUACACCUGAUCCCAGCCAAUUAGAGGAAGAGUACACUAGAUACUUAUUUUGUUUACAAGUUAAACGGGAUCUUGCGCAGGGUCACCUACAGUGUAAUGACAACACAGCUGCUCUUAUGGCCAGUUAUAUCGUACAAGCCGAAUGCGGAGAUUUUGUAGCAGAAGACUAUCCUGAUCAUACCUACUUGACCAGUUAUAAGUUUGUCCCCCAUCAAGACCAAGAAAUUGAGAGGAAAAUAAUGGAAAAUCAUAAAAAGCACAUAGGUCAAUCUCCAGGAGAAGCUGACCUAAACCUCCUAGAAACUGCUCGUAGAUGUGAACUUUAUGGCAUAAAAAUGCAUCCCACUAAAGAUCAGGAGAAUGUGCCUCUUAAUUUGGCUGUGGCACAUAUGGGUAUUAUUGUUUUUCAACAUUACACAAAAAUAAAUACCUUUUCAUGGGCAAAAAUACGCAAAAUUAGUUUCAAAAGGAAAAAGUUUCUUAUAAAAUUACACCCAGAAGGAUAUGGAUAUUAUAAAGACACCGUAGAAUUUUUUNUAUAA